CUUUCCGGAAAUGAAUUCCCAUACACACUCAAAAGAGUAAAGCUGAUAUGCUACCUACCUUAGGUCAUCAUGAGGUCAGUUGCUUCCCCCCCCCCUUGGAUGAUAAACGCGUCGGAAUGUGCCGUCGAACAACCCCUCAUUCGGUCCAAUUUGUCCCAUUCCAGUAGAUGUGGAUGAUACCCGACAUCAUAAGAUCCCUGCCGUCUGAAGUCCCAUGUUUCCACCUCGUGCGUGACUUGCUAGCAGUACAUCCUUAGUAUACUCCAUACAUCCUAUUCCUAUCACUAUCCGGAUAUCUCCUAAACGCUUCCCACUUCCCACUUCCCACUUUUCAAUGGCCCGCGCUGCGAUAAGCAAGAUGUCCUGGGAAAACCAUGUCCUUCGGCCGGUCCAGAACGCCCCUCCGUCGAUAAUACCGACUCUGGUAUAUGGGACCGCAUGGAAGAAAACUCAGACUACGGAUCUGGUUCACCAGGCGCUGAGCACUGGCUUCCGUGCCGUGGAUACAGCUGCCCAACCCAAACACUAUCGGGAGGAUCUGGUCGGAGAGGGCAUUCGCAGGGCCCUCAACGAUGGCGCCAUCCAGCGCAAAGAUCUCCAUGUCCAGACCAAAUUCACUUCCGUCCGGGGCCAGGACCCCAAGGAUAUGCCCUACGAUGCGAAGGCGUCCGUGACUGAGCAGGUCCAUGCCUCGAUUCGUUCAUCGCUGCAUAAUCUCCGUCCGGCCGAGGCGCCGGAAAGUGCGGAUGAGGCGUACAUUGAUAUGCUUAUCCUCCAUUCCCCACUGCCCACCAUGGCGCAGACGCUGGAGGCCUGGCGGACCUUUGAGACGUACGUCCCGCACCGCAUUCGCAACCUGGGGAUCUCGAACACCGACCUGUCGGUUCUGGAGGAGUUGUUUACCCAAGUGCAGGUGAAGCCCUCGGUGGUGCAGAAUCGGUUCUACGCCGACACGAAGUAUGAUGUCGCGCUGCGCGCCUUCUGUCGGGAGCAGCACAUCGUCUAUCAGAGCUUCUGGACGUUGACGGCGAACCCUGAUCUCGUGCGUUCGAACGCCGUGCAGUCAUUGGCCCAGCGGGCAGCGCUCUCCCCGGCGGCGGCCCUCUACUGUCUGGUUUUGGGCCUAGGGUAUACCACGGUGUUGGAUGGAACCACCAACACGGCUCGCAUGGAAGAGGAUUUGGCUGCUCUCACGAAGAUCGAGCGAUUUUCUGGUGCUUCGCCAGGGGAGUGGCAGGAAAUCCUGGCAGAGUUCCGACAAUCAAUCGGGGAAUAAGCCAUGGCAUUGGCUGAGAAGGUUUAGACUAUCUUCUCUACCGCUGUGUCAAUGGGGAAGAAAGAAGGGAAACAUGCGAUGAAUUGUGGAGGUUGUCUCGUAGUCUACUUCCGGCGGAAUCUCGGUCCUGGCCCGUUUGUUCUUGGCUAUGCCCUCUUUUGGCUGCGGUUUUGCUCUUUCCGUCCCUCUGCGGCCCUCUUUCCCCAGUCCAGUAGCAUGGGAGCAAAAAUUUGACCAGCCAGAACUCCAUCGAAGCCGCUUGAAACAUCUGGAGGGCCAAUAGUUCUGGGGAUCACGGCCAUCUGGAUGCCGAACAAGGUCGAGGCUACUGUUGAUAGUAGACGAUGAUUGGAUAGGAGGCAGAAGUGGAGAGCGUGCCGGUCCAAGGCACGGCCGAACUAGUGCUUAGACAGCCUCAAACUGUACAUUUGUAGUAGUUUUACCAGUCAACUAAACAACAAAGAUUUUUUUUUUCUU